AUGUAUGUGUAUGUUGGUCGUAUCACUGUGUUUAUAACUGACCAUAUUCAUGUUUCUGGUGUGUGUAUGUGUUUCAGGGCUAGUUGUAUCACUUGUCAGGAAUCCUGUGAUUAUACUUUACGAUAUUUAAUCUUCCUUGUGGGUGUGUACCUGGCACCUCUGGGGACAGUUUUAUUACAUCUACAGUUAUCAUGUUAUUGUCUUGCAAAUAUUAAUCAUGACCUUUGUUUGUUUCUCAAAAACAACAACAUUGCUUACCCAGUCAUGCCUGUCUGUGAAGUGUCCAUGUCUUCUCCAUUAUAG